AUGUUUAAUCUAAAGAAAAAUAAAUCGACAGAAAGUUUCGAGACUGAAAAUGAACAAGUAAACGAUGUAACCACCAUCGAUGUAACUGAUAACAAUCAAAAUGUCGUUCAAAUGGUCAACGGUGGCGGUGAUAUUGAUUAUAUUCCAACCCAAGACGAGAAACGUGACCAAAAAUUCGAAACAUUCCAAGAAGAUUCCUCCAUUAUCAAUGAUGAAAAUGAAGUCAUCACUGAAGAUUUUGAAGAACCAACCGAAGAAGAAUUAAGAACUUUAAAACAUGUUGGUGGUAAGAUUCCUCUUAGAUGUUGGUUAAUGGCUGUUAUUGAAUUAGCUGAAAGAUUCUCUUAUUACGGUCUUUCUGCUCCUUUCCAAAAUUAUAUGCAAAAUGGUCCAAACGAUUCUCCACCAGGUGCUUUAUCUUUGGAUUCUUCUGGUGCCACUGGUCUUUCUUAUUUCUUUCAAUUUUGGUGUUAUUUAACUCCUGUCUUUGCAGGUUAUAUGGCUGAUACUUAUUGGGGUAAAUUCACCACUAUUUGUAUUGGUACUGGUAUCUAUAUCGUUGGUAUUUUCAUCUUAUUCAUCACAUCUCUUCCAAGUAUUACUUCUCACAACACUGCCAUGGGUGGUUUCAUUGUUACUUUAAUUUUGGUUGGUAUUGCUACAGGUAUGAUUAAGGCUAAUUUAUCAGUUAUGAUUGCUGAACAAAUUCCAAAGAGAAAGAGAAGAGUCAUCACAAAGAAAAAUGGUACUAGAGUCAUUGAAGAUCCAGAUAUCACUAUUCAAAAUGUCUUUAUGACUUUCUAUUUCAUGAUUAAUAUCGGUUCUUUGUCUGUUAUUGCCACUACUGAAUUGGAAGCUCACAAGGGGUUCUGGGCCGCUUACUUAUUACCAUUCUGUUUCUUUUGGGUUGCUGUAAUUGUCUUGAUCGUUGGUAACAAAACUUAUAUUAAAACUCCAGUUGGUGAUAAAGUUAUUUCCAAAUGUUUCAAAGUCUUGAGAAUUUUAAUGAGAAAUAGAUUCAACCCUGAUUCUGCCAAACCAGCUUUCAAUCCAGAUAAAAAUUAUCCAUGGUCUGAUAAAUUUGUAGAUGAAAUUAUGAGAGCUUUACAAGCUUGUAAAGUCUUUGUCUUCUAUCCAAUCUAUUGGGUUUGUUACGGUCAAAUGUUAAAUAAUUUCGUCUCUCAAGGUGGUACUAUGGAAUUACAUGGGUUACCAAAUGAUUUCUUUCAAGCCAUUGAUUCUAUCGCUUUAAUCGUUUUCAUUCCUAUUUGUGAAAGAUUUGUUUAUCCAUUCAUUAGAAAAUAUACUCCUUUCAAACCAAUUACUAAGAUUUUCUGGGGGUUCACAUUCGGUGCUCUUUCCAUGACUUGGGCUUGUGUCUUGCAACAUUUCAUCUAUAAAGCUGCUCCAUGUUAUGACCAUCCAUCUAAAUGUGACAAUGGUCCAAACCAUAUCCAUGUUGCUUUACAAGUCCCUGCUUAUUGUUUAUUAGCUUUAUCUGAAAUUUUUGCUUCCAUUACUGGUUUAGAAUAUGCAUACUCAAAGGCUCCAGCUUCUAUGAAAGCUUUUAUCAUGUCUAUCUUUUUAGUGACAAAUGCCUUUGGUGCCGCCAUCGGUUGUGCUUUAUCACCAGUCUCUAAGGAUCCAAAAUACGUUUGGUUAUACGGUGGUUUAGCUGUUGCAUGUUUUGUCGGUGGUUGUUUAUUCUGGAUUAUUUUCAAAAAAUACAAUGAUAUGGAAGAAGAACUUAAUAAUCUUGAUUUCGAAGAAGGUGAUGAUAUGCUUGAGACUAAACAUGCUGGUGAUAUUGAAAUGAUUCAACCAAUCAGCAGUAGAAGAUCCAGUCUAAAGAGUAACGAACUUGUUGAUGAAGGUAGCAUACAUAGCACCAACAGAUCAUGA